CCGCGCCGCGCCCGGCCGGCUUCAUGUGAAGCGCCGGCCCUCCGCCCCCUCCCUCCCCUUCCUUCCCUCCCUCCCUCCCUGUCCCCUCCUCCUCCUCCUCCUUCUCCUCCUCCGGCGCCCGUUUCAGCUCCCCGGGGCCCCCUGCCCGGCCGGGCGCUGACAGCAGGGGCGGGGGUCCCCGCCGCCGCCGUGUCUCGCGCAGGCUCCGGCUGCGGCCGCGGAGCCCCCGGCGCGGCCAUGGACCGGCCCCCGUCGGCGGAGGCGGAGGAGGAACUGGAGUGGCAAGUGGCGAGUCGCAGGAGGAAGGCCUGGGCCAAGUGCCGCAGCUCCUGGCAAGCGUCGGAGACGGAGGAUCUGUCCACAGAAGCGACGACGCAGGACGAGGACGAGGACGACGAGGAGGACCUCCCCGGCGCGAAGCUGCCGGCGGCCGCGGGGAGAGGGAACGUGCCCAACGAGAAGAUCGCCAUAUGGCUCAAGGACUGCCGUACACCUUUGGGAGCCUCACUGGAUGAGCAAAGCAGUAGUACACUCAAGGGUGUGCUUGUGAGAAAUGGAGGAAGUUUUGAAGAUGAUUUGUCAUUGGGAGCUGAAGCCAACCACCUCCAUGAAAGUGAUGCUCAAAUUGAAAACUGCAGUAAUAUCUUGGCCAAAGAGAGAAGAUUACAGUUUCAUCAGAAAGGGAGAAGUAUGAAUUCCACUGGAUCUGGGAAGAGUAGUGGGACAGUCUCAAGUGUGUCAGAACUAUUAGAACUUUAUGAGGAAGAUCCUGAAGAAAUUCUGUAUAAUCUUGGAUUUGGACGUGAUGAACCAGAUAUUGCUUCUAAAAUUCCUUCCAGAUUUUUUAAUUCAUCAUCAUUUGCCAGAGGGAUAGAUAUUAAAGUAUUUCUGAGUGCUCAGAUGCAACGGAUGGAAGUAGAAAACCCAAAUUAUGCCUUAACAAGCCGUUUUCGUCAAAUUGAAGUGCUUACUACUGUGGCCAAUGCAUUUUCUUCUUUGUAUUCCCAAGUCUCUGGGACUCCCCUGCAGAGGAUUGGAAGUGUGUCCUCAGUGACCUCUAACAAGGAGACAGACUCACCUCCACCUUUAACUCGAAGCAACACUGCAAAUCGUUUAAUGAAAACACUAUCAAAACUAAAUUUGUGUGUUGAUAAGACAGAGAAAGGAGAGGGUAGUAGUCCUUCCCCGACAGUUGAAAAAGGAAAGAUUCUAAAUGUUUCAGUGAUUGAAGAAAGUGGUAAUAAAAAUGAUCAAAAGCCUCAAAAAAUUGUGAAGAAGAAAGAUUCAUCUUCUAUGUUGGCUACAGUUAAAGAAGAAGUCUCAGGUAGUUCAGCAGCUGUUAUGGAGAAUGUUGAUAUUGAUAGACUUUCUGAUGAAGCAAAUAAUAAUUUUAACCAAGAAACUGCAAGUGAACAAAGCAAAGAAACUCAAAGUCAUGAGAGUAAACUGGGUGAGGAAUCUGUAAUUAUAGAAUCUGAUUUAGGUAAUGAUUUCAACCUUUCCAGCCACAGCGAGCUGGAAAAUAGCAGUGAACUGAAAAAUGUCCACAUGUCCACACCUGAAAAAGAGCCAUGUGCGCCACCGACUAUUGCAUACAUAAAAAACAUGAUGACACAGCAGAAGGACUCCUUCGAGAUGGAAGAGGUUCAAAGCACAGAGGGAGAAGUGCCUCAUGUUCCAGCCACUUACCAGCUAGGUCUUACCAAGUCAAAAAGAGAUCAUCUAUUACGAACUGCAAGUCAGCAUUCUGAUAGCAGUGGUUUUGCUGAAGAUUCAACAGAUUGCAUAUCCCUUAAUCAUCUUCAGGUUCACGAGUCCUUGCAAGCCAUGGGGAGUAGUGCUGAUAGCUGUGACAGUGAGACAACAGUCACAUCAUUUGGUGAAGACCUUGUCACACCAACAGCAGAAGACCAGCCCUGUUUUAAUGAAUCCGUGGAGGAGUCUCUCAUUCCCCUUCAGAAGGGAAUGGAGAAGGCAGCAACAGUUGCUGAAGAAAGCAAGUCAGACAGCCAGGAUUUCCCUCCAUGCCAGGCCCUUGAGAAUACAGGAAAGAAACAGUCCACCUGUAGUCCAGGGGAUCGUGUUACUGAAAUUACUGAAAUAAAAGAGGAUUUGUCUCCAGCACAGACGGUAGAGCUACUGAGGGAAGCAAGUGCUGAAAGUGAUGUGGAUAAAAGCAGUGAAUGUGAAUUUACUCAAUAUACCACACAUCAUAUUCUGAAAUCUUUGGCAUCUAUUGAAGCUAAAUAUAGUGAGACGAGCUCUGAAAAUGCAGCUGGGCCUCCCUCUUCUGUGGACAGGGUUAAUACAGCUUUGCAAAGAGCUCAGAUGAAGGUUUGCAGUCUUUCUAAUCAAAGAAUAGGGCGCAGCUUGAUAAAAUCGAAAGAUCUGUUAAAACAAAGGUACUUACUUGCAAAAGCUGGCUAUCCUCUAAGAAGGUCUCAAUCUCUGCCAACCACCUUACUGAGCCCAGUAAGGGUUGUGUCCUCUGUCAAUGUUAGGUUGUCUCCAGGAAAAGAGACCAGAUGCAGCCCACCUUCCUUCACCUAUAAGUACACACCUGAAGAGGAACAGGAAUUAGAAAAGGGAAUAAUGGAGCAUGACGGUCAGUCUUUAGUCAAAUCCACCGUUUUCAUCUCUCCAUCAUCUAUGAAGAAAGAAGCAGUGUCCCAGAGUGAGGUGACCCAGUUGGAGGAAUGCCAUCACAGAAGGACUCCUACCUGUUCACAGUUUGUUCCAGCACCCAUAUCUCAGUCCACCUGCUCCCUUCACUCCAUCCACUCUGAGUGGCCGGAAAGGCCCCUGUGUGAGCACACAAGAACUCUGAGCACGCACAGUGUUCCCAACAUAUCAGGGGCCACCUGCAGUGCCUUUGCAUCCCCUUUCGGGUGUCCUUACUCACAUAGACAUGCUGCCUACCCUUACCGAGCGUGCUCUGUGAAUCCUCCUUCCACCAUAGAAAUGCAGUUGCGAAGAGUAUUGCAUGAUAUUAGAAAUUCUCUGCAGAAUCUUUCACAGUACCCUAUGAUGAGAGGACCAGAUCUUGCUGCUGCUCCAUAUAGUACUCAGAAAUCAUCUGUUCUACCUCUUUAUGAAAAUACUUUUCAGGAGCUCCAGGUAAUGAGGCGGAGCCUGAACUUGUUUAGAACACAAAUGAUGGAUUUAGAAUUGGCAAUGCUGCGUCAGCAAACCAUGGUUUAUCAUCAUAUGACUGAGGAGGAAAGAUUCGAAGUCGAUCAGCUCCAGGGAUUGAGAAAUUCAGUGCGCAUGGAACUUCAGGACCUGGAGCUGCAGCUGGAGGAGCGCCUGCUGUGCCUUGAGGAGCAGCUGCGCGCGGUGUGUGCGCCUUCGCCCUUCCGCUCCUGCGCACUCACGGGAAUGUGUGGCAGUAGAAGCGCUGAUAACUUGUCAUGCCCUUCUCCAUUGAAUGUAAUGGAACCAGUCACUGAACUGAUGCAGGAACAGUCAUACCUGAAGUCUGAAUUAGGCCUGGGACUUGGAGAAAUGGGAUUUGAGGUUCCUCCUGGAGAAAGCUCAGAAUCUGUUUUUUCCCAAGCAACAUCAGAGUCAUCUUCUGUAUGUUCUGGCCCCUCUCAUGCUAACAGAAGAACUGGAGUACCUUCUAGUGCCUCAGUGAACAAACCGAAAACCCAGUCAGUGGCAAGGAAGAAAGUAUUCCGAGCAUCAGUGGCCCUAACACCAACUGCCCCAUCUAGAACAGGCUCUGUGCAGACACCUCCAGAUUUGGAAAGUUCUGAGGAAGUUGAAGCAGCUGAAGAAAUCCCAGAAGUCAUAGGAACUAAAUCUGAAGUGGAAGAAGGACAUGGAAAACUCCCAGCAAUGCCAGAUGCUGAGGAAAUGCAUAAAAAUGUAGAGCAGGAUGAGUUGCAGCAAGUCAUUCGGGAGAUUAAAGACUCUAUUGUUGGGGAAAUCAGACGGGAAAUUGUAAGUGGACUUCUGGCAGCAGUAUCUUCAAGUAAAGCAUCUAAUUCUAAGCAAGAUAGUCAUUAAAUGGAAAUUAUAGCCAUGAAUAAAAGAAUUAAUUCUUAGGAAUAUGUAUGGAAAUCACAGGAAGAUUGUGUUUAUAUGUAUGUAUAUUUGAAUAAAAUUCUCAUUCGCCUCUAAAAGAAUCUUUUAAUAAUAGUAUUUGAAAAAUGUUUAGAGUGGACUUCUCUUUCUUUUUUAAGGUUGGCAUGAAUCCUAGUAGCUGUGUAAUAUUGGAGGUAUCAAUAAUAUACACUGGUGGAGGUGUUACUUGUGCUUCAGAAGAUACUUGCUGCUGAGCUGGGCUACUGUAUACAAUGUACAGUGUGUAUUUCUUCUAUGCCUAUCUUUUUAAAAAACCUAUGUAGAAACUUAGGCACUUUGCUCUUUUCUAAACUAUCAAAAUUGUAGCAGUUUGAAAAGCCUAAUAUUUAUUUGUAUGUCAAUAUUUUUCAUUUGAUUCUCUAUUAGAAUUAAUUAUAAAACUUGAAGACAUCCAGACUUAUCCAACUUAUAAAUAACAUACUUCUUCAGACUAGCUUCUUAAAACACUGACCUCUAUGAGGUAUUUACUGUGCAAUAACUGAUUCAUUUUUUGAGAGCUUGAAGCAACCAAUGAUUUUCCCUCCACUGCUGUUAAUUAGUGUCACUUCCAAGAAGAAAAACUGUUGUGUUGUAUAAAUUGCUUUUAAUUCUUGAGGAGGUUACUAAUAGCAGUAGGGUAGAAUUCUAUGAGGUUACCUACAACUACUUAAUGUUCUUACACUGUAAGCCUUGUUGCCUUACAUAAGACAAAUGUAAUUUUAUUAUAGCUUAUGUAGUAUUUUUCUUUUGGUAAUGUGCCUUAUGUUAAACACUAUGUACUUUUUGUAUUGCCAGACUUCUUUAUUAUAAGGAAAUGUCUCUUCUUCUGUCUUUUAGACUCAAUGAUAGGGUAUCAUCCAAAUAAUGAGGCCUAUGACUUGAACAGAUAGAAAUGAAUAAGCUGGUUUUUGUUUUUUCAAAGUGGAAGUAAUUUACAUUUGUUCUCAUACAUAAAUGAUUUUAAUUCAUUUUUAACCAGUGAAAACUCUUGUUUUUAUGGGGGAGGGGGAAGGAAAGUGGUUUCCUAUUUGGUUUUAUAUAUGUUAAUAAAUGUGUAAAGUAACCAAAUGUUAUUAAAAUUAUUCUUUUAGCAUUUAUAAUUUUCAACUCCUAUUAUGUUUCUUUGUGUGUGAUAUUUUAAUCAAAGUGGUUGAGAUGUUAACAGUGUUCUUUGAAAGAAUAUCAAAGUUAUAAAUGUUUGCAAUAUCACACAAAGGAUGAUUCUAAAAACAAAAUUAAAACAAUAAAGUAUUUAUUUUGCCUAAAA